AAAAAUGCGUUCUGAAACUAUAAGUACUGAGUGUCCAGCCAAGAGGAUGACCUGCAAACAAGCAGACAUCUACCAGUGCAUUGGCACAGGAAGCCAUGAGGAGUCAGACACCAUUAAGCGGAACAGGGGGAAGAAACACAGAGACUAUGUUGCUGAAACUGGCACUAUCUUAAGAAGCCAAAAAUCGGAUCAGAAACAAAAGACCUCUAACAGAAAAGCAGAUGACCUUUCUCGGGAUGACCUUCUGUUCCUACUUAGCGUGCUGGAGGGAGAGCUGCAAGCGAGAGAUGAAGUCAUAUCUGUGCUAAAGGCUGAGAAAAUUGAUCUGGCAUUACUGGAAGCCCAAUACGGAUUUGUGACUCCAAAACGGGUUUUAGAGGCACUUCAGAGAGAUGCUAUCCAAUAUAAUGCUACACAAUGGCAAGAAGACAUUUAUGAAAAGCCAAUAUGUGAGCUGGAUAAGGUUGUGGAAAAGCAUAAGGAAACUCAUAAAAGAAUGCUGGAACAGCUGCUGCUGGUGGAAAAAUCACAAAGAGAAACUCUGUACGAUCUGGAGGAUGAGAAGAAGAAGCACACAGAAUACAUGGAGAAGAGUGAUGAAUUCACCAACCUACUGGAGCAAGAACGAGAAAGGUUAAAAACGCUGAUUGAACAAGAAACAACUUACCAAGCUAAAAAAGAAAAAGAGAACCACAAGAAAAUAACCAAACUUCAAGAUGAGCUCAUAAAGCUGAAAUCAUUCGCAUUACUUGUGGUCGAUGAGCAACAGAGGUUAACAGAACAGUUACAAGCACAAAGUUCCAAGAUCCAGGAGCUAACAUUAACUGCCCAAAAAGCACAGGAUAAGCUCGCCAUUGUAGAAGUAAAGGCAGAAGAAGAGGAGCAAAAAGCAAACAGACUUGAAAUAGAACUACAAACUCAGGAAAGUAAGUUCUUCCAGGAGCAUGAAUCCAUGAUGGCCAAACUAACCAGCGAAGAGACUCAGAACCGCCAACUCAGAUUAAAGCUGGCAGCUCUUAGCAGACAAAUAGAUGAGCUUGAGGAAACAAACAAGACUCUGCGUAAAGCAGAGGAUGAACUUCAUGACCUAAAGGAGAAGAUGAAUAAGGGAGAAUGUGGAAACUCCAGCCUCAUGACGGAAGUGGAGGAGCUGAGAAAACGUCUGCUCGAGAUGGAAGGCAAAGAUGAAGAGCUUAUAAAAAUGGAGGAACAAUGCAAAGAUCUCAAUAAGAAAUUAGAAAAAGAAGCCUCGCAAAGCAAAAACCUAAAGUUUGAAGUCGACAAAUUAAGCAAAAGGAUUAAUGACCUGGAGAAAUUGGAAGAUGCUUUCAGCAAAAGUAAACAAGAAUGCCAAUCCAUUAAAAGUGCCCUGGAAAAAGAACGGGCCACCAGCAAGCAAUUGUGUAAUGAACUAGAAAGUUUAAAAGUUCGAAUACGGGAUAUGGAAACUAUUGAAGUAAAGCUUGAGAAAACUGAAAAUGUACUCAAAGAAGAUCUCACUAAACUGAAAACCUUAACAGUAAUGCUUGUGGAGGAGAGGAAAACCCUCACUGAAAAGAUCCGACAAACUGAAGAAAAGCUAAAGUCAGCCAAUGCACACCUGCAGCAGGAGCAAAGCAAAGUGACAUCAAUUACAGAAAAACUGAUAGACGAAAGUAAAAAAUCUCUCAAAUCCAAAACAGAGUUACAGGAAAAGCUGCAAACUGUCACAAAAGAAAAUGAAGAGCUAAAAAGUAAACUGAGAGCAGAGGAAGAAAAAACAAACGAUCUUAUGUCCAAAGUGACCAUCCUUAAGAAGAAACUGCAGUCACUCGAAUUAAUUGAAAAGGAGUUUCUGAAAAACAAAAUGAAGCCGGAAAAUAAGCAGUCAGAAACAUUGUACCAGGAAAACAAUAAAAUCAGAGAACUUACUCAAGAGGUUGAAAGGUUAAAACACACCCUUAAGCAGAUGAAAGCCAUGGAAGAUGACCUCAUGAAAACAGAAGACGAGUAUGAAUCUCUUGAGAAAAGGUAUUAUAACGAGCAGCAAAAAGUCAAAAUGUUUUCUGAAGAACUUGAAGUAGUAAAAAUGGAACUAGCAAACUAUAAGCUUGCUGAGAAAUCAGGAUCGUUCCAAGAAAAAAUGCUGUUGAAUAAGCUAAAGGAAGAAGAAGCAAAGUCUGGCCACCUUUCAAGAGAAGUUACAGCCUUGAAGGAGAAAAUCCAUGACUACAUGAAAACAGAGGACACAAUUUGUCGUUUGAAGGGAGAUCAUUCAGUUCUUCAGAGAAAACUUACGCAGCAGGAAAACAGGAACAAAGAGCUAAUAAAAGAAAUUGAAAACCUAUCCAAGGAACUUGAAAGGUAUCGUCGUUUUAGCAAGAGCCUGCGGCCUAGCCUCAAUGGAAGGAGAAUUUCAGACUUUCAAGUGUUCUCAAAGGAAGUGCAGACAGAGCCAACAUAUAAUGAACCACCUGAUUACAAAAGCCUUGUUCCUUUGGAGAGAGCAGUCAUAAAUGGACAAUUAUAUCAAGAAAGUGACAAUGAGGAUGAUGACACACAAGAUGAAGACUCACCUGUUUCUUUCAAAUAUAACACAUCAAAUAACAACAGCUUAAAUAACAACAGAAAAUUAGCAUCACCAUGGACAAAAUCCAACCAACAAGCACAAAAUGGGAAAGUACAAUUAAAACAGAAUGGAAAUUACAUCCAUCCAGGAGAUAUGGUCCUUACACAUACACCAGGCCAACCCUUACAUAUCAAAGUUACACCAGAUCAUGGACAAAAUACAGCCACUCUUGAAAUAACCAGUCCUACUACAGAAAACCCACACUCCUUUACAAGCACUGCUGUGAUACCAACAUGUGGCACUCCAAAACAAAGGAUAACAAUCAUACAAAAUGGCUCCUUGACUCCAGUGAAGUCAAAAGUAAUAGAUGGAUAUGUCACACCAGAUCAAGUUGCAUCACCCUUUACAAUUACUUCUUUUGUAAGACCUAGGUCACCCGACUCAUGUGGUUCCAUAACUCCAGACAGAACAAUGUCCCCAAUCCAGGUACUGGCUUUAACCAGUUCUUCAAGCUCUCCAGAGCGUGUACUUUCACCAGAGCCAAUGGAUGUUGGGGGAACUCAUGCUGUUUUUCGAGUAUCACCUGAUAAACAAGCUGGAUGGCAGUUUCAAAGGUCAAACAGUUCUAGUUCAAAUUCAAGUGUCAUAACUACUGAGGACAAUAAGAUCCAUAUCCAUUUAAGAAGACCUAGCAGUCCUUUCUCACCAGUGCAAGAGAAAACACAUUCACUAACUAAUGGAAUGCCAAGUAAACCCACAAAUAAAAUCACCAACAGCAUUACUAUAACCCCAAAUGCUACUCCACUAUCACGGCAGUCACAAUUUACAGCUUCAGAAGACAUGCCGUGUGGCAGCGCGCCUACUCGGAUUCCUAAACCGAAACCCGGGACAGUGUCCAAACUACCCAUUAAGAAACCUAUGGGAAAUGCAGUGAAUGGAGAGCGGGAAGGAAGCAGAGAGAAAUCGCAUUUCUCCAGACCUAUUUCUAAUCCCCAAGGUGCAGCUAAGAGGUGAUCCUUGUAAAUGAGGGGUUGAAGACAAAACACGCCGCCGUUCCCCACCCAGCCUCUGACCUGCACUGACAGCUCUGCUGUUCUUUAUAUUCUCUCUGUACAUUACAUUUCUAGUUAGGAUGAUUCC